AUGGAAGCGCGGCACCAGCUGGAGCUGCGUGCGGGCCUCGGCCAAGUCGAGGCCAUCACCAAGGUCUUGGACGAAACCUUGCACGCCGUGGACUCCGAGAAUGGCCGGAGCUUGCAGGACGCCUUCGCCCAGCUGGCGGCCAAAGUGGAGGUGCUGGACGAGACGCUGCAUGCCGUGGACUCCGGGUCAAACCAGCUCUCGGCCCAGGUGCAGGCUUUGGAUGAAAGCUUUCGCGGCGAGGGGGCUCCUUCCCGCGUCGAGGCAGAGCUCCGCUCGCUGUCGGCGAAAGUGGAGGUGCUGGACGAAACCUUCCAGUCCCAAUUCCCCUCUGUUCGGACUUUGGCCGACAAGGUCCAGGACAUGGAGUCUCCAAUGAACCCCCCCGGAGGCAGCUUCUCAGACCCAGUUCUUUGCCGGGCGGACUCCUUCGCUUCCACCAGGGCAUCCACUACUACCUCGGGCCGUGGAUCCUUGAAGAGCCUGGCGAUGCGGGAGCAUCAACGGAAGAUGCUGGUCAUGGCCUUUCUGGACGCCAACGGUUUUAUGCACAUCAACGAAGCCAAGACCAGUUGGGGUCGGACAUGCUACCCCUUGCACGUGGCCGUGCGCCAGAACAAGCCCGCAGUGGUGAAAGCAUUGCUCUCCCUGGGCGCAUGGCGGAAUGUGAAGAGCCGACGAGGGCAAACCCCGGAGGAGUUGGCACACCGCUGCCAGCACCGCUGGGGAGGCUUCGAGGAGGUCUUGAAGAUGUUUGAAGAGGAACCCGAGCGCAAAGAUGUGCCUUCCUCGUCGAGUUCUUCUACCAACUCAGCCUGA